CGGGACUAGGGUGCAUCACGUGACCCCAACUGCCUCCUGCUUCAUGUUACCCAACAAAACAAUAAUUAUAAUGAGAAUUAAAAGAAUCGCGCGACAAGCACCCGGUGAAGGUCCGUGUCUGAAGUGGAAGAAGCAGGAAAGACGCCGGACGUGUGGGAAGAGCAGGGCAGCGGCCGCUGAGUGGGGGCGGGUGGAGAGGCCUUGGCCUGAGCGGGUCACGUGGUGCUGCGCUGUGGUGUUUCCCCGGUAAAGAUGGCGGCUGUGAGGUAGAAAGCGGCAGCUCUGAGCGACAGCAGCGGUUCCGAGUCGAUACUGCGACCGAGGGAAGAUUAUUCCGGGACGAACACUGUGAGUGAUUACGGAGGGCGGGGAAGACAUCUAUGAUGGAUCCAAAUCAGGAUUUGUUGCUUGCCGCUCUGAGCGAGUGUGGCAUCAGCCCUAACGAUCUUUUUGAUGGAGAUUCAUUGGAUAUAGGUCUCCUUGCUCCAAGCCCGACCCCCAUCAACCAGCAAUCUGUGCCAAUUGGUGCUUUAAGUGGAAACAAAGAGAGUGAAGCAUCAGUUUCUAUAAAACAAGAACCAAUGUCUGUAACAACCCCAGCAUUGCUGAAUGUCCGGCCUCCAUCGACAACAACAUUUGUUCUGAAUCAAAUCAACCAAUUGCCAACGCUUGGUAACACAAUUGUGAUGGCAAAGACGACUCCUGUUACUACUACCCGACAGACUAUUACAGUAACAAAAAUCCUUCAAACAAGUGCUACAACGAGGCCAUCCACAGCUUCCCCUGUAGUGCAGGCCACUGUGACCUCUGCACCAACAAAAGAACAAAUUCAGUUAAAGGAUCUACUGAAAAAUAGCAGUCUAAAUAAGUUAAUGAAACUGAAACCACCUGCAAACAUUGUCCAGCCAGUUGCAACGGCAGCAACUGAGAUGAUCAAUGGUGCAAAGAAAGAUAUUACUAAUAAGGAAGUGACAAGAAUUUGGAUCAAUGAUGACAUUAAGAUGAGAAGCUUUUCACCAACUAAUAAAGUUAAAGAGGAUGACGAACCAGAGGAAGAAGAUGAAGAAGAGAUGGGCCAUGCAGAAACCUAUGCUGAAUACAUGCCAAUAAAACUUAAAGUUGGGCUGCGGCAUCCGGAUCCUGUUGUAGAAACUAGCUCCCUCUCCAGUGUGACGCCUCCAGAUGUUUGGUUUCAGACUUCUAUCCCUGAGGAAUCCAUUGACCAUGGCUGGCUAUCUGCUCUGCAGUUGGAAGCUGUAACCUAUGCUGCACAGCAACAUGAAACUUUCCUUCCUAAUGGUGAGAGAGCUGGAUUUUUAAUUGGAGAUGGUGCUGGCGUUGGAAAAGGAAGAACCAUUGCUGGAAUCAUAUAUGAAAAUUAUUUGCUAAGUAGGAAAAGAUCUCUGUGGUUUAGUGUGUCAAAUGACUUGAAGUAUGAUGCAGAAAGAGAUCUGAGAGAUAUUGGAGCAAAAAAUAUUUCGGUCCAUUCUUUAAACAAGUUUAAAUAUGGUAAAAUCUCAUCAAAACAUAAUGGAAGUGUGAAGAAAGGUGUUAUAUUUGCUACCUACUCUUCUCUGAUUGGUGAAAGUCAGUCAGGGGGUAAAUAUAAAACUCGUUUAAAGCAGCUUCUUCAUUGGUGUGGAGGGGACUUUGAUGGCGUUAUUGUAUUUGAUGAAUGUCACAAGGCUAAAAAUCUUUGUCCAGUUGGUUCCUCAAAACCAACUAAGACUGGCUUAGCGGUGUUGGAGCUACAGAACAAGCUGCCUAAAGCCAGAGUUAUAUAUGCUAGUGCCACAGGUGCCUCUGAGCCAAGAAAUAUGGCUUAUAUGAGUCGUUUGGGAAUUUGGGGCGAAGGUACUCCAUUUAGAGAGUUUAAUGACUUCAUCCAGGCAGUGGAAAGAAGGGGUGUGGGUGCCAUGGAAAUUGUUGCCAUGGAUAUGAAACUGAGAGGCAUGUAUAUUGCAAGACAGCUGAGCUUUACUGGUGUGACCUUCAAAAUUGAAGAAGUUUCUCUCAGCCACCAUUAUGUAAAAAUGUACAAUAAAUCUGUGAAAAUGUGGGUGUUGGCCAGAGAGAGGUUUCAACAAGCUGCUGAUUUAAUUGAUGCUGAGCAACGAAUGAAGAAGUCAAUGUGGGGUCAGUUCUGGUCGGCACAUCAGAGAUUUUUCAAAUACCUCUGCAUUGCGUCCAAAGUCAGGAGAGUUGUCCAGCUUGCUCGUGAGGAAAUAAAAAAUGGAAAGUGUGUGGUUAUUGGUUUGCAAUCCACUGGAGAGGCAAGAACUCUGGAAGCUUUGGAAGAAGGUGGUGGAGAGCUGAAUGAUUUUGUGUCUACGGCAAAAGGGGUAUUUCAAUCUCUAAUUGAGAAACAUUUCCCUGCUCCUGAUCGAAAGAAACUCUUAAACCUGUUAGGAAUCGACUUAUCAGCACAAAGCAAUAACAAUUCUCCCAGAGACAGUCCAUCUAAAGACAACAAAACAAAGAAGAGGAAAGGUGAGGAGUUGUCACGUGAAGCCAAAAAACCACGCAAAACAGGUGGACUUGCUGGUAGCAGCUCAGAUGAGAUGGACAGCGAGUCUGAUGCAUCUGAUAAGGAAGCAGAGAGUGAAAGUGAAAGCUUUAAAUCUGUAAGCUCUGGGGAUGACGAAGAUGAUUUUAACCCUUUUAGGGAUGAAUCUAGUGAAGAUGAUGAAGAUGAUCCCUGGCUUAUUAGAAAAGAACAUAAGAAGAGUAAGGAUAGAAAAAAGAAAAAGAAAAGCAUUGAUCCAGAUUCCAUUCAAAGUGCCUUAUUAGCUUCAGGACUUGGGUCUAAACGUCCCAGCUUUUCAUCUGUUAAAUCUGUUCCCCCAAGUGCUGCUUCCAGCCUUCCAGUCAUAGCAAGUAGUGCUUUAGCCACAAACACCAAUGCCAGCAACAGUUAUGUAACUAGUCAAGAUGCGGUGGAAAGGGCCCAACAAAUGAAGAAGGAACUGCUGGACAAGCUGGAUGAUUUGGUAGAAGCACUUCCUCCGAACACAUUGGAUGAGCUUAUUGAUGAGCUUGGUGGUCCUGAUAAUGUAGCAGAGAUGACUGGUCGGAAGGGCAGGGUGGUCAGCAAUGAUGAUGGAAGCAUAUCGUAUGAGUCACGGUCUGAGCUUGAUGUUCCUGUAGAAAUUCUUAAUAUCACUGAAAAGCAAAGAUUCAUGGAUGGUGAGAAGAAUAUAGCAAUCAUCUCAGAAGCUGCCAGUUCAGGAAUAUCCUUACAAGCUGACCGCAGAGCUAAGAACCAGAGACGAAGGGUACAUAUGACCCUGGAAUUGCCUUGGAGUGCAGACCGUGCCAUUCAGCAGUUUGGUAGAACGCACAGAUCGAAUCAAGUUACUGCUCCAGAAUAUGUCUUCCUCAUUUCUGAAUUAGCCGGAGAACAACGAUUUGCUUCAAUUGUUGCAAAGAGAUUAGAAAGUUUGGGGGCCUUAACACAUGGUGACAGGAGAGCAACAGAAUCGAGAGAUCUGAGCCGCUUUAAUUUUGAUAACAAGUAUGGUAGAAAUGCUUUGGAGAUCGUCAUGAAAUCUAUUGUGAGUUUGGAUGCUCCUUUGGUUUCUCCACCUCCAGAUUAUCCUGGUGAUUUUUUUAAAGAUGUUCGCCAGGGGUUAAUUGGUGUUGGGCUUAUAAAUGUUGAAGACCGUUCAGGAAUUUUGACUCUUGAUAAAGAUUACAACAAUAUUGGAAAGUUUCUUAACCGUAUUCUGGGUAUGGAAGUCCACCAACAGAAUUCGCUCUUUCAGUACUUCUCUGACACACUCAGUGCUGUUAUACAGAAUGCAAAGAAAAAUGGCAGAUAUGACAUGGGAAUUCUAGAUCUCGGCUCUGGGGAUGAAAAGGUUUGUAAGGUUGAAGUUAAGAAGUUUCUGACACCAGGAUAUUCCACUUCAGGCCAUGUAGAAUUGUACACAAUAAGUGUAGAAAGAGGAAUGUCUUGGGAAGAUGCAACAAAAAUUUGGGCUGAGCAAACUGGACCAGAAGAUGGCUUUUACUUAUCACAGCAGAUAAGAAACAACAAGAAAACUGCAAUUUUAGUUAAAGAAAUUAACCCAAAAAAGAAGCUUUUCCUCGUGUACAGACCCAAUACUGGAAAGCAGCUCAAACUUGAAACCUUAUUAGACUUGAAAAAGAAAUACAAAAAGGUACUCUCUGACGAUGCUUAUGCUCACUGGAAAGAACAGUAUACAUCUUCAGCUGAAAUAUGUACACAUGCUUAUUGGAGAGGCAACUGUAAGAAGGCAAGCUUAGGACUGGUGUGCGAGAUUGGUCUGCGCUGCCGGACGUAUUAUGUUCUCUGUGGAUCUGUCCUGAGCGUUUGGACUAAAGUGGAAGGAGUUCUUGCCUCAGUCAGUGGCACCAAUGUAAAAAUGCAAAUAGUAAGAUUACGAGCUGAAGAUGGACAAAGAAUUGUUGGUCUAAUCAUCCCAGCAAAUUGUGUCUCAUCACUAGUAACAUUGCUGUCAACCUCAGACCAGUCUCAGCAGAUUGCAGUACAACAGCAGCAGAUGUGGCAACAGCUUCAUCCUCAGAGUAUCAGUAAUUUCAGCACCCUGUAGAAAAUCUGCCCAGCAGAGACUGACAUAUUACAGAGGAACUGGAAAUGCUGACAGUGCACACAAAUCAGGGCCAGAUUCCAAAGAAAUGAAGUCUACUUGUGCAUAGACAGACGCUCUGUUUUGUUGGACACCUGGACUUACUAGGUCUUUGUGGCAAUCUGCAAGUUCCUUUUUAACGUGGCACAUCUGUUUUUCAAUUUCUUUUCUUUAGUGUUUCUCCUCUGUAUUCAUAGUCCAUAA